UUUCUACUCAUUCAGCACAAGGUGUGGAGGAAGUGCAAGAUGCGGAUCUUCACCGUGGCCCAGAUGGAUGACAACUCCAUCCAGAUGAAAAAAGACCUGCAGACAUUUGUCUACCAGCUGCGCCUCGAUGCCAAGGUGGAGGUGGUGGAGAUGCCUGACAGAGAUAUCUCAGCCUUUACGUAUGAGAAGACUUUGAUGAUGGAGCAGAGAUCUCAAAUGUUGAAACAGAUGCAGCUGUCCCGAACUGAGAGGGAAAGAGAG